AUGACCAUACAGGCUCCACUUGAAUCAGAGAGUAUGCAUAGCGUCAAAGGCCUUAUAGCCGUGGUGACCGGUGCUGGCUCCGGGAUUGGUCAGAUCAUGGCUACAGCGUUGGAGCACAACGGGGCCAAGGUGUACAUCCUCGGGAGAACACUGGAAAAGCUCAAGGAAACGGUGGCAAGGGCGAAAUUUGGAAACAUUAUACCAAUCCAGGCCAGUGUUACCUCGCACGACGAUCUUCAGCGCGCCGUCGAUCGGAUCCGCGACGAAGAAGGAUACAUCAACUUGCUCAUCAACAACGCGGGUAUCAGCACCCCCAACUUGGGCCCACCCAACACUCGUCCCGGGCCGAAAUGGUCGCUUGGGCGGGUACGCGACUACUGGUUCUCUCGAAGCUACGAGGACUACCUAGCCGUGAUGCAGACCAAUACGGUUGCCAACCUAAUCGUCUCGUUCGCAUUUCUAGAGCUUCUAGACCAAGGCAACAAGAUGCGCGAGGCAGAGGCUGCCCUGCGCCCUAACCUCAACCCAGCCACUGCUAAGAUGCGCAGCUGGGUCAGCUCCCAGAUCAUCACCACAAGCAGCAUCGGCGGCUUCGGCCGCGACCAUGCCGCCUUCAUCUACAAUGCCAGCAAGGCGGCCACCACCCACAUGAUGAAGCACCUCGCCACGUACCUGGUUCCAUUCGGAAUCAGGUCGAACAUCAUAGCUCCUGGUUUCUGGCAUACGGGGAUGACGGACGAUGUUGCGCGGGGUAUUGCCUUGACUGGAGGCGCUGUGCCCAAGACCUUGAUCCCGGAGCAAAGGUUCGGUACCGAGCAGGAGAUGGGCGGCACUAUCGUGUAUCUUGCUUCGCCGGCUGCCGGGUAUUGCAAUGGGUCGGUCUUCGUGAUUGAUGGAGGAUAUUUGACAAACCACCCCAGCACUUACUAA